AUGUCCGAACAAUUCAAGAAGAAGCUCAUCAUCAGAGCCUCUGGUCUCGCCAAAGGUGGAACCCUUCUCCUGACCUUCAAGCCCCUUGAAGAUAUCGGCACCAAGCAGCAGAAGAUCGCCUGGAAAGUCAUUCCGUUCGCAACCAACACCAACAAGAAGGCUCAAGCUGAAUACGUGAACCAGCUCGUCUUUAUUGGUCCCCAGGUCGAUGACGACAACUUGAUCAGCCCAUCAACUUUCGGGAAUGUCAACGUCGGCGGUGCAGUAGACUUUACUUUGGACGCGGACAAGAACCUCUUGAUUAGUGACUCCGAUAAAAACAAGAAGCCCGGCUUUAUUGUUGCCACGAAUAGCACAGGAAAGGUCCAAGAUGUUGCCAUCGGUCUCCAACCUAACCCGAAGAAAGAUCCCGAAGCAAUCUUGUACUUCCCCAAAGUCGGUAAUACUUCGAUGGUUGUUGCCAAGUACCAUCCUAUCCUUCGCGCCUACAUGACUUCAGACUACCAGGAGACUGAAGUCAUCUCGGGUGAGAUACAGACGGGUAUGAUCUGGGAGAGGGACCUCGCUCAGCUUGAUGACACUACGAACUGGCGACUUAACUACAACGGCAGCACAGGCCAGUACAGCCUUACGCCUGAAGAGGAUUAG